GCAAAAUAUUGACAAUAAAUUUGGACCAGAUAAUAAUAGCAACAUACAUUUUCCAUCUAAUAAAAUGUUGAAUAACGAAAAUGGGUUCGAAAGGUAUAAGAGAUUAGAACCGGUUACAAAUAUCAAACGUGUUAGCUACCAAGGAGAUAGAAAUGUUAAAAAAGUACCAGAAAUAAGAACUCAAUUUGCAAGAAUUCAAAGAAAUCAAUUCUCGCAAUUAAAAUCAAAUAGAAGUCAGAGUGAAACUAGUUUAAAUAAACUUCAUUCAGUCCAAUAUUGUAAAGACCAAUUUGUAAACAAAUCCGACAAAGAAUUCAAUAACCAAAAUAUUGAAAGAGAGAACUCACCAAAAAUACCCGAAAUAUUAAGUGAACUUAAGUCUCCACAACAAUUGCCACAUAGUAAAAUUAGUGAAAAUGUUUUUGCGGGUGCGGAUAUAAAAUUAUUAAAAGAAAAUCUUUUUCAAAGAAGCAAGAGUGAUUUAAACACCAAUCGGUCAAAUCUAACAACAUCUCAUCGCUCUAUUCGUUCUAUUCCUAAAAAACGUUCUAAAUCUAACCAACCACUACAAACUGAUAUAUCGUCCAAGGAAUCACCGAAAAAAAGAAGCUACAGCCAAGAAGAUGCCAGACGCUAUAUUGAGGAACAAAAAAAGAAACGUUCAAUGUGUAAAAAUGUAUCGCAAGCUGAUAAAAAUAAAAUUAAGCUGGAUAAAGAAGAAAUAAAGAAACGUUUACAAGAAUUACAAAAAAAUACAAGAAAAAUAAUUUCCAAAAAUUUACAAAAGAAACAAAAAAAGACUGAAACAAUAGCACCAAAUAUUACUCACACUAUCGGAAUACACGGUAAUUUAAAUGAGGGAAGUAUAAAAUUUAGAAAACCAAUUGACCGAAAAAAGUUUCAUAAAAACGAAUACAUGAAUAAAAUAGAAAAUAUUGAAACAGAUGAAAAGAAAUUAAAGACAAAUAAUACAAAAUUGGAAGAAAUCUCCGAUCAAUGUAAACCGACAUCGAUUACGAAUGAACGAAAAGAUGAUCACAUCAAAAAAAAUGAAAAACCUAAAGUAAAUGCUACAAGAAAACAUAUUGGUUUACUACGUAAACCGGAACAAAAGGAUUAUUCAUUUGGUGUCAUCAAUGAAUCAAGAUACAACAAAGAAAGCGAUGCACUGGAAAAGCUUACACCGCAUCUAAGCACCCCGCAAAAUGAAUGUAGAACAGAAAAAGUUCAAAUUGACAAAAGAAGACAAGAGCACAUUGAAGAAGACGGGCAAGAUAUAAAUAUUAAAAGUAACAGUCAUACAUUAGAAAUACCUCCGGUACAAUUAAAACCUAUUGACAGCAAAACAAAAUCAGUGGAAGUACAAGUUAGCGCCACAGAAACACAUUUAAACGCAGUUAUGGGUCAAAAUAAUAAGAAAGCGGUAGAAAAAGAGCAGUCUGAUUUGCCAUAUUGGUUGAAACCAAGUGCUGUUCAGAUUUACCCAUAUAAUUUUAUAAUGGCGGUUCGCAGGAAAUUAGAAGCAAUAACUAGAACACCUCAGGCACAUAUUACAGAAUAUACUCAAACUAAUAGUACACAUAAUAAAAUUACAUCUACUAGGGAUUUAAUAUUAAGUCAAGAGUUAGACAGUAAAACAAAUUCAAUACCUAAUAGCGUCAUUAAAGAAUACUCAAAAAUUGAUACAAUAGAUAUGAAACCUCAGUCUAAUACUGCUUUAGAUGUUAAUGUGCAACCAGCAAAUUAUACACCACGAAAUACAAUGUGCCUAGUCAAUGAAUUGAUGAAAAGUGCACAAACAAUAACAGAGGACUCACUGAAGUCUAAAAGUAUUUCAGAGUUAAACGUAAAAACACUCAGUUCAAUAUCGAUAAAUAUGUCAUCGAAUAAUAUUUCAGAAAUUUGUUACAAGUCGAACUACCAUCAUGAAAGCUUGGAUGCAGAAAUGAAAUCAAAGCCCUCACAACGACAAGUUGAAUUAAAAUCUAAUGGUAUACGAGAUGAUGAUGAUACAACGGUAUCAAGUUCAAUUUUUAAUAGCCCCAAGAAAGGUGCACAUGUUAAAACAGAGGAUACUAAGUCAACUUCUGAGGUUAGUCCGCUUUCUUUGGAAAAUGUGGAGCAGCUCAAAAUUUCUUCACGUAUUAGUAAAAGUUUUGAAUCAAAAACUAGCAAAACAUCUGACAGUGAUAGUACUGAAACUGCAUCAUACCAUCUUCAACAAUACAAACCAAAGCAGUUAUUUAAUGACCAAACCGAAGUUAAUAUGAAUGAACUAUUAAGUGAUUUUAACCGCAGUUUAACGCAGGUUAUCGAGGUUAAUGAACAAUUAAAAAGCACAAUUGACAAAUCCUACCAAAUUUUUAAUUCUUAUGAUACCACAAAAAGAAGUACUCCACGAACCGCGUCAAGUGAUAAUUAUUCAACAGACUUCGAGGGUUCUACUAAAGAAAAUCUGUUAUCAGAAAUGAACAAAAUAACGGAAUUGUCGAAAUCAUCAGAAAUGACUGAGAAAAACGUUAAAGAAAAAAGUCAAUAUGAAGAUGAAUUGACAGUCUCAUUAAAUUCAAAAAGUAAGUAUCAGUCUUCCCAACGUUCCAAUAAAAAAUGUAUAGUGCCAAUACUUGUUAUAGACUCAUUAAGUAAUUCAAGUGAUUUUUCCAAGAAUUCAAAUGAAACUAUAAAUAGCUUGGUUGAUCACAAUGAUGGAACUGAAAAAGAAGAAAAAAUUUCGCUACAAUAUGAGGAACAACUAAAAGCUAUAGAACAAUUAAAAUCUGAUUUAAAGCAAACAAUUGUAGAUUCUGUAGCAUGUAGAAAUAAUUUUAAGUCCAUAUGCAAUAAGCCAUUGACCACAUCAAAUACUAGCGAUUCUUCACGUGUGACAUCAGACAAAAAGCUUAAAAGAAAAAAUUAUUCUACUGAAACAUCAAAAAAAAUGUUAAAUUCUUUAAAUUUCGACGAAUCACCUAAAUCAACGAACACUAUAUCAACCAACAAAAAUGUAGAGAACUUACUAUCACAUUCAGAAAAUAAUUCAGUGAAAAACAAAGAGCAAACAAAGAGCACAAUAAAUGAAAGUACACCUAAAACACAGAAUUUAACUGGAUCCUUUUCAUCAAAAAAUAAAAAAUUCAUCAAAACCAAAAAAACUUUCAAUAUUUUAAAUGAGGAUAUGAAACAAGAUCAUGAUUUCUCUAAUAAGGAAUAUGGAGACGAAAAUAAUAGCAAUAGCAUUUGGAAAUCUACACAUUCGAACCGUUCUCAUAAUAAUACUACUGACAAAAUACGAGAGAAUUUAAUUAAAACUAAUGUUAACACUACACGUGGAGAAUAUCAAGGACAGCACUUUACUGAUAUGUUGAAAGAAGAGCAAUUUAACACACAAGAUGAAACUAAAUCUUUUCUAUUAAGAUUCACUACUACUUCUCUAAUAGAAAAAAGCAGUGAAGAUACUAGCAGCCCAUCAGCGACUUCACAAGACUACAAAUCCACUAACAAAAGAACAACAUCAACAGCAUCAAUAAAAACGAAAUCUGUAAAAUCCAUAGGCAAUGAAUUGUUAAAAAUCUUUAAUAAAAGUGAUUUGGAUAUAUCAAUUAUAUCCUCUAAUCGUUCAGAAACUUCGUUAAAUUAUUCAAAUUUUGGACUUUAUGAAAAAGUAAUUAAGAAUGAAACUUCAAAAUCCGAACAUUUAGCGGCUCUACUUAAAAUGCGUGAGAAAGCGUUACUAGAUCGCGCAAAAAGCCAAAUUGCUCUGCUAGAAGUCCAGAAGGAGAAAUAUAAAUCACGGGGUUUAGUAAUGGAACUUUCAGCUAUUAAGAAGAAACAACGUGCCAUAUUAAUAAAAAUGGAAAAGGAACGUGAAGAAAUCAAAAGAUUAAUACAAACUGUUUCGUCAACAUCAUUUGAAAACGCAUUCCAUCCAACUGAGGCGUACACAAUUCCUUCAGUAGACGGUUUUCAGUGCACUGAUAAAGUACAAAAACGACUUUCACCACUAGCUGCUGUAUCCAUUCGUUCCAUCCAACAAAAGAAAGGGCAGGAUACUAAUGGCACACCGACUGCAACACAUUCGGCUCCUAUAAUACGUGGAAAUUAUCAUUUGGAAUUUUCUCCUGUAUUAGAAGAUUUACUCAAAAAACGCGAAGAAGAUUUACGUAAACGCCGUGAACAUGUGCAAAAUUUAAUACAAUGGCAUCAAAGAUUAGAUCAAGAAGAAGCAGAAGUGUUAGAGUUGGAACGAUUGCUGCUUAAAUGUAAUAAUGCGCAACCAAACACUUUACAAACAACAAACACUGAUACUGAUACUACAGCAAUAUAUCUAAAUAAUAUAAUUGGGAAUAAGGUUUCUGAUAAAAAAGAAAAUACUUCAAACAAACAAACUGAAUCGAAAAGAUCGAAAAAAAUGGAACGUCAUCUUAAGGAGAUUGAAAACAGUUUACGUGAGCUAAACACUUUAUCAUCCAGUAGCACGGCAGUACAAAAUGAUAUAAAUAGUAGUACAGAAAGUGUGGAUUACGUCCGCAUCAGUGGUCAUAAAUUAAAUAAAUUGUGGCGCCGUCUUACUUCCCAACAAAUAGAUAAGUUUGAACCUUGCAAACGUUAUAAAGUAUGUAAAACUGAUUUAGAGAAAAUAUAUGAAGAAGCUAAAAUUGCUGUAUUACAUGAUUUUGCACAAGAUGAAGAACGUAUAGCUGUUGAUUUACUAGAAAGAAGUGAUACGGAGAGAAGUAUUAAUAAAAGCACGAAUGGAAGUGAAAUAUCAUAUAGCGCUGGUGGUACUAUUAAAGUGCCUCCUUUAAAUCUAAGUCCUAGUACUGUACCGUCUUCAUGUAGCGAAUCUAAUUCAGGUGAAUCACAACUAUUAACAAAGACAGAUAUUUCAGAAUCUGAAACUGAAACUGAAACGAACAAAUUCAAAAAUAAUAUUAAACCAAUAGUUGUUAUGCAAGAAAAAUAUGUACAAAAGUUGAAAGAGCUAAGUGAACGGAAUAUAUUGCCCCAUGCUGGAUUGCACCGUAGUCUAUCUGAUACGCAAAUUCCAAUGUUAACUAUAGUGCAACCAUUUGCUACCACAAAUCAACAACUAAGUUUAAACAAUUCUAAAACUCUUAAGGAAAAUCCAACUUUAAAUGAAUGUGCAGAGGUACUAGAAACGCAACAAAUUAAAGAGUCUAUUAAAAGUGUUAAUGCUUCACCGGAAACUCCUUUAAAGAAACUGUCGGAAACUAGAGAGUAUAUAAACAUUCCUGCGGAACAUCUUAACGUAGACGCCACUUCUUCGACCAGUAUUUCAAACAAUUCAGAUACAACGAUAAAAACAUCAGAACUAUCUAACGAUGAAGAUAUUUUUUCUCCUUUCAGCGAAGGUACAAGUUCUAGUUCAAAUGAUUUAUUAAAAAAAGUUCGAAAAUAUACUGCUUACGCUAAAAACUCCGAAAAUAAUAUAAGUUUACUUCCACAUGCGGAAACCAUUAAUCAACAAAUCAAAAAUGAUUCCUUUAAACAUUCAAUAGAAAAACCUCAUACAACAUUUGAUGCAAUGAAUUUGGAACUAAACUCAAAAUUAAACACAAGAGAACAAGAUAAAUGCGAUAAACUUUUAGAGACUCCAAGUGUUUCAGAACUGUUAUCAUUGCACUCUCAAGAAGUAUCAACAACUCUUAAAACAGAUAUUGUUAGCUCUAAAAACUCAUCACCUCAACAAAUGCCCGAUAUGUCACCAAAUUUGAAAGAAAUUUCAUCAUCUAUAUCCCAACUCUUAGAAUCAAAUUCAUUUCCUCCAACCGAGUUAACCACAAAGGAAUCUUCAGGCAGUGUUAUACUAGAAAAAGAAAAAUCUGAAAGUUCUAUUUGUACUCAACAUAACUUAUCGUCUGAUACAUCGUCUGUCAAAUCUGAUAAUGAGUCCCAACAUAUAAAUGAACUUUCCAACGAUAAGUUAUAUACCUCUACAAGUGCGUUAAAAAGAUACGAAGAACAACUAUUAAACGAAGUAAAAAAUAAAAAUCAGAAGGAUUAUGAAUACGAGUCAGAUUUUGAAGCAGGCAGUGAUGAAACCAAAAUAGAAGAUAUCUCAAUGCCGCAAAUUGAGACUACAUUUGAUGUCACCUUAAGUAACAGCUUUGAGGAAAACAAAACUGUAUCGAAUAAUAAUUGUUCACUUCCGGCGCCACCAAAUGAUAACAAAGCAGAACUUUUACCACCACCACCACCACCUCUCUCUCUGUCUCCGUCGCCGUCUCCAAUAUCAUCAAAUUCUACCGCCAGUUGUAACAGUCAAUUAAUGCCUGAUAUUAUAAAUGAGCUUGAAGUUCGGCGUUGUCAGCAAAUUAAUGCUGAAAAUGAUCAACUCUUACAGUUUGAGCAGGUCGCAUCUGUGUCGUAUAUGUAUAUGCGUGAAAUACCAAACAAACCCCCUCCACCAUACGUACCGCCGGCACAUGGUAGUCCUAUGACCACAAUUUUUCCAUCCGAAGAACGCAUAAAAGAUAUAACCUAUCGACGAACACACGAGUUGUAUUGCGAAUACUUAAAGACUGAUUACAUUAGCGAAAAUGGGGAAAAAUUAUCUUUGCUGAUCGAUGAAAAAAUAACAAACAUAUAUGAGCGAAUAAUUAUUGAUAUAUGUCGUGAGUAUAUUGAGGAACAUAAAGAGGUGCUAAUGCAGGGUGACCCAAAGAACUUUCACAGCAAUUUAGCUUUUUUCAAUCCUCCCGACCGGUUGCGUUGCUUACAAAAUAACAUAUAUAAAGAAGUACGGCGUUGCCUUGCAAUGGAUAAAGCAUCGCCGAAGCGUGCACAUGUAUAUUCUGUUUAUGGCCAACGUGCAAAACGUGACGAUAUUGGAAAAAUUAUUAUACAAGAAAUGUAUGAUGAGGAUGAUAAAUGGUGUAAUUCCCAUAGAGAGGAGUACGAAGUUAUUAAUUUAAUUGUGGAAGAAAUGUUGUUGAACAAUAUACGCCAAAUAGCUAAGGAAGUCUUUCACGAGGAAGGUGGGAAAAUUGAAGAGAAUACUAAAGUAUUGGAGAAAUCAAAUAUAAUAGAUGAAACUGAUGUAGAUCUAGAUGAAAGAAUAUCUACAAAUGUCAAAGAUGGAAAACAUUGUAAAACAGACAAUUCAAAUAUUGUUAGUUAAAAAUGUAUUUGUUUUUCUUUCUAAGUCUACAUUGUAUAUGUAUAGUAAUGUACUAAGUCUUAUAUCGAGAAAGCACCGCUAAAGUACUUAAUUUUUUUAGUCACGAUUGCUUCCUCUAUAUAUAUAAUUUCUAAUUUCAGUUUUUCGACUGUUCAAAUUCGAAGUUAUUGUUUUGCCAUUUAUUAGUUUU